CCUCUUCGACAACGAAUAGAAGAAGACGUUUUAUUAUUGGAAAUAUAUCAUUUAUAUCACAUCUAAACUUAAAUAAAGUUAAAAGAAAUAAAGUUUUGUGCUGAAUAUAAAAUAUUAUUUUCUCUGAAAAAAGAAUUAAAAUAAUUUGAGGAAAAUUUAAAAUAUAUUUUUUCUACUCAAAUUUGAAUAUAAAGAAAAAGAAUGGAACCAAAAUUAACAGGAGAUGAAGUAGUAAUAUCCGGAAUAGCAGGGAAAUUUCCAAACAGUGCAAAUGUUAAUGAAUUACAAGAACAUCUUUUAAAUAAAAUAGAUUGUGUUACUGAUAGUAAAGACCGAUGGAAUUUCGAACACCCACAAGUGCCGCCGCGAAUCGGCAUUAUGAAGGAUAUUGACAAAUUUGAUCGUAACUUUUUUGGAGUUCAUGGAAAAUUGACAGAAUGUAUGGAUCCAAUGCUAAGAAUGAUGAUAGAAACAACAUAUGAAGCAAUAACGGAUGCUGGAAUUAAUCCAAGAGAAUUAAGAGGGAGUAAAUCAGCAGUUUUUACCGCAAGCACUUUUUCAGAGUCGGAAAAAUCGUUCUUCUACGAAAAAACGCAGGCAAAUGGUAUUGGUUUAUUGGGAGCAAGUAGGGCAAUGUUGUCAAAUCGACUUUCGUUUUUUCUUGGUUUCACUGGACCAAGUAUUAACAUUGAUGCUAGUUGUUGCGGAGGAAUAACUGUUUUAGAGGAGGCUUUUAAAGCGAUUAAGGAGAAACGAGCAGAAAGCGCAAUUAUUGGUUGCAGUAAUGUUGUCUUACAUCCAAACAUGUCUCUACAGUUCCGCCUGUUAGGUCUCUUAUCACCAGACGGUAUAACAAAAUCAUUCGAUAAUGCAGCAGAUGGCUACACUCGUAGCGAAGCAAUCGUUAUAUUUUUUCUACAAAGGGCGCGUGACGCUAAACGAAUUUACGCUGAAGUAAAAAGUGCACGCAUGUCAAUUGGAAAUGUUAACGAUAACUUUUCAUUUUUCUUUCCAACACACGAUUUUCAAUCGAAUAUUAUGAAAGAGACAUUAAAAGAAGCAGGUAUUAAGGGAAAGGAUAUUUCAUAUGUAGAAGCAGACGGUUCAGGUAUAAAGGAAAUCGAUGCGGAGGAAGUAAAGGCAAUCGACGAGGUUUACAAUGAGGGACGAAAUUCACCUCUUUUGAUUGGAUCUAUCAAAUCUAAUGUUGGAUCCUGUUCGUCUACAAGUCCACUUAAUGGAAUUAUUAAGGUUAUCACUGCCAUGGAAAAGGGAUGCAUUCCGCCAAACUUAAAUUUUAAAGAAUCGUCUGACAAAAUUCCUGCCUUUAAAGAAGGUCGCUGUAAAGUAGUAACAGAACUAACUCCUUGGACCGGAGACUAUGCAGUCGUUAAUAGUUUAGCAUUAACCGGUGCCAGUGCUAAUGUUGUAUUAAAAAGAUACAAGAAAGAUAAAAAGAACGGAGGUAAACCAGACGAUAAGCUUCCGCGAUUAGUAACAGUCUCUGGAUGUACAGAAGAAGCUGUUGACGUUCUAUUGACCGAAUUGGAAAGUAAACAACUCGAUGUAGAAAUGAUUCAACUCAUGUAUGAUAUAUUCGAAUGUGAAACGCCAGCUCACUUAUAUCGAGGUUAUACAAUACUUCCCCCUGAAGAAUUGGUAAAAGAUAAAACACGAGAUAUUCAGUUUAAUACCGGUCUUCAAAGGAAAAUUUGGUACAUGUUUUCUGGCAUGGGUUCACAAUGGGUAGGAAUGGGGGAGGCUUUAUUGCAAAUACCAGUUUUCAAAAAAGCUAUAAUGAAAUGCGACCGUGCCUUAAAACCGAGAGGCAUCGAUAUUUUACGCAUCAUUACAGACAAGAAUCCACAAAUGUUUGACAACAUUGUCAACUCAUUUGUUGGCAUUGCUGCUAUACAGAUUGGUCUAGUAGAUGUCUUAGACUCAGUGGGUGUGAAACCAGAUUUCUUAAUUGGGCAUUCAGUGGGAGAGUUAGGAUGUGCUUAUGCUGAUGGGUGUUUUACAGCAGAACAAAUGGUCCUUGCUGCAUUAAGCAGAGGAUUAGCAUCAGUAGAAACAGAAAUGCCAAGAGGUUCUAUGGCAGCAGUUGGUCUUGGUUAUGAAGAAAUAAAGAAUCUCUGUCCACCUGAUAUUGAUGUAGCUUGUCAUAAUAGUGCAGGCAGUACCACUAUAAGUGGUCCUGUAGAUUCUAUGAAAAUCUUCGUAAAACAAUUACAAGAAAAGAAUCUUUUUGCCAAAGAAGUGGCAUGCAGUAACAUAGCCUAUCACAGUCGGUACAUUGCUCCAGCUGGCGAAAAAUUAAAAAAAUACCUACAAGAAGUAAUUCCUAAUCCUAAACCGAGGAGUGAUCGUUGGAUAAGCAGUUCAGUACCCUAUGAUGAAUGGAAAUCAGCUAGGGCACGACUGUCAUCCGCUGAAUAUCAUACAAACAACCUACUAAACCCUGUCUUGUUUGCUGAAACUGCAAAGUUCAUUCCAUCACACGCUACCGUUAUCGAAAUAGCUCCCCAUGGACUCCUACAAGCGAUCGUCAGGAAAUCAUUACCAAAAAAUGUUCUAAAUAUACCAUUAACUCAAAGAGGUAAUCAUGAUGGUGUAUCUUUUCUGUUGGAAGGUAUGGGAAAAAUUUACAAUACUGGCUACAAUAUCAAGAUAUCGAAACUUUAUCCUAAAGUCAAUUAUCCUGUAUCACGAGGAACUCCGUCAAUUUCAUCAUUAAUUCGAUGGGAUCAUUCCAUUAAAUGGUACACAAAUUUCUUCAAACUACCGAAAGAAAUUAAAAAUGGACAAGUAAAAUUUACUAUUAAUUUGAAUGACGAAAAGUGGAAGUAUUUAGAACACAUUAAAAUUGAUGGCAAGGUGUUAGUUCCCUCUUCUUUAUAUUUGAUACUUGCAGGGGAAGUUCAAAAAUGGUUAAAAAAUGAUUCAGAAACAUCAUUCGUUUACCACAAAGUAGAAAUUCAUAAACAUCCAAUAGUAAUUCCAAAAUAUGAAGACUUUCUUCUUGUAGUUAUGGUUCAAAAAGGUUCUGGUUACUUCGAAAUAUCAAAUAAGGAAGACUUGCUUUGUUCUGGAAUUAUACAAGCGACUGAUAACCAUGAUCAGGAAUGCAGUCUGAUUCCUAAAAAGGAUUAUACAGAAUAUGAAAAUCUAAAUGAAAGUGACAUUUACACAGAAUUGCAGAUGCGAGGUUUGGAAUACUCAGGUCCGUUUAGAAUUAUUCAAAAAUCAUCAAGCAAUGGAGGAAAUGGGAUUUUAGAAUGGAGAGAUGACUGGAUAACAUUUUUAGAAGGAAUGAUUCAAAUGCAUAUCCUUGGAACUGACACCAGAAAUACGCAAGUGCCAAUCGCAAUUAGGAAAAUUACUAUUAAUUUAAAAUUGCACACAGAAACGAGCAACAUUUCCAAAGAAAUUCCUGUCUCAAUGUAUAGGGGAUUGGAUACUAUCAAUGCCGGUGGUGUUCAAAUGGAAGGAGUCAUUUUAAAAACUAUUUCUAAUGAGUUUCGGAAAAACAAUAUUAUUACUGAACAAAUUUUACCUGGAACAAUUACAGGAACAUAUAAACGCUUUCAAAUUUCUAGUAAUCUGAAAUCUACAAAUGAGGACAGUAUUGCCUGGGUCGAGCAACCCUCUAAAGAAUCUGCCAACACAAUCAAAAUCGAAUACUCUGCAAUUAAUAAUAAAGAUAUUCUAUUAGCCAAUACUAAAAUAUCAUUAGAAAACACUGGAAGAAAUAGACUCAAAAUGAAGUCGUUUGGUCAAGAAUAUUCUGGAAUUAAUUCACAAGGAUACAGAGUAAUGGGAAUUGCUCCAAAUGUUGCACUUUCAAAUUAUCUAACACCCGAUAAUGAUUUCACAUGGAGAAUACCUGAUAAUUGGUCCUCGGAAGAUGCUGCGACUGUACCUCUAGCAUAUGCAACUGCUUAUUUAUCAUUGAUGAUAUUGGGAAAAAUAAAAGCAGAUAAAUCAGUUUUUGUCUAUAAUGGAUCUUGUUCCAUUGGACAAGCUGCAAUUAAUAUAGCAAUAAACAUUACAUCACAAGUAUUUAUCGGUUAUGCUAAUGAUAUUGAUAAAAAGAACUUAAGAAGCAGAUUUGAAAAUAUUCCCAAAAAUCACUUUAUAAGUACAUCAGGAAAUUUUACUGAUCUAAUUUUUACGCAAAUGAAGAAAAAAGCAGCAGACAUAAUAAUAUAUAAUGCAGAGGAUUUAAACAAAAUAGAAGAAUGUACGUUGUGCGUGAGAACUGAAACGCAAAUUAUUAUUGUAGGAAAAUUUCAAAAAUCAUUUAGUAAAACAAUUGGAAUGCAAUUUUUUAACCAAGCAGUUGGUCUAUCCUCAGUAAUUCCUAGUAACGUAAUCAACCUUGAUAAAGACACGAAAAAAAUAUUAUCGCAUAUGAUCGAAACUGGAAUAUCGAAGAAAAUCGUCAAACCAUUACCUAGAUGUGUUUACUCAAGAGACAAGCUCAACGAUGCUUUUAUUCACGGAUCUUCAAAGAAUGUUUAUGGAAAAGUCCUUAUCAAAGUACAGACAGAAGAAGGAAAAAAUAAGGCCCUAACAAUACCUCGUUUCUUGUGCAAAAGUGAAGCCUCCUACUUGAUAAUUGAAGGAUUAAGUGACUUUGGACUUGAAUUAGUUGACUUCUUAAUUGUUAGAGGUGCUAGAAAUAUUGUUAUAGCUUCCAAAUCAAAAAAUACAAGAGCUUUCAGCCAUCACCGGAUAAGUUUGUGGAGAGGUUACGGAGUUUCAGUCACAGUUCAAGAAGAACUGGAUCUUACACGUCGUGAAAAUGUAAAUUCUCUCCUUGACAAAGUUGGCACAGUUAAUGGAAUUUUCGAUCUUCAGCGUCUUGAAAAUUCAUCAACAAGGUCACGCAACUUGAACUACUUGUGCACUAAACAUCUCUUUGAAGAAUCUAAACGACUAUGUCCUAAUAUAAGACAUUUUGUUGUUGUUUCAACAUGCAACGAUAUUGGGGAAAACAUUCACGACCUUUUGUUACAAGAAAUUGAUUUAACAAAAAUUGUUCAACCAAAAUCAAAAGGGAUCAAUGGACUUUUGAUUCUUCUUGGACCAGUAUCAGGAAUUGCAAAAGAAACCAAUAACAAGAGUAAUGUACGUCUAUUGUCUAUUCCUAGCAUUAUUGAACAAAUGGAAAUAGUUAUGGGAUCAAAAGCGUCUAUUGCUUCUAUCUCUUAUAAGCCAUUGGAAGACAAAUCAAAAAAGAUGAAAGAAGAAUUCCAAAUUUUAACGGAAACAGAGAAGUCAAAGUUUGACAAAUAUAUUAAUGCCAUUCAACCAUUAACAAACUCCUCUUGGUUCCACAUUUUAAAGGACAAACAAUCAUUUUUAUAAAUUCUGAUUCCAUGAUAUGAAAAUCAAUACUAAAACUGUUACAUAAAUUAUAAGUUAAUAAAACAAAUUUCUUUUA